AGUAUUCAUCCAUGCAUGAAUAAUAAUACAUUCAUGUUACGUUGACUCCGAAGACGUUAGUGUAUCUCAUAUUUUAUUUUUUAUAAGAUGGCAUCGACUGUAGAUUUAGUAACGGAUUCCGUACCGGAUAUAAGUGGCAAAGAUGAAAAAAGUUUCGGUCAGUUAAAUUUAAAAGAGAAAUUUACUUACAUCAGAGAAGUUAUAACGGUGGAGCCUCUUAUAGGGGCAUAUACGAUGGCUUCCAUUUUGUGCACACCAACAAUUUAUAAAUUAGAAUCUGAAAAAUCCUGUAGAUCCAAUCUUCAAAUGAAUAACACUGUCUGUGAUGCCAUUUUAUACGGACAAUAUGAAAACUACACGGAUCAAAUCGAUGAUAUACAAAUUUUAAUUAGUAAUAUGCAAUCGUGGCAACAACCUAUGCAAAGCAUCAUGCCUUUGAUACUGGUGCUAUUCUUAGGUUCCUUUAGUGAUAGACACAAACUGAGAAAGCCCUUUUUGAUAAUCCCCUUAUUCGGUGAAUUAUUCGCCGUAGCAGGCUGUAUUGCUAGUGUUAUUUUUAUGACAUCUUGGCCGUUAGAGGUAUUUGGAGUAUUUCAAUUAGUCAUACCAUCGUUUUUUGGCGGACUACCUAUGAUAACAAUGGCAGUAUUUGCUUAUAUAGCUGACGUAAGUACUCUUGAAAUGAGGACUUUACGAAUAGGUAUAGUACAAAUAGUACUGAAUAUUAUAGUACCUUUGACACAUUUAUUCAGUGCUCAUAUGUUCGAGUUAACUGGUUACUACGGGGUGUUUUUAACAGCCGGAGCAUUGUAUAUAUUUGGAAUUAUCUAUGGUAUAUACUGGAUAAAAGAACCUAAAAGUCCUGUUUUAGAUACGGAAACAGGUUUAUUGCGUGAUAUAUUCGAUCCUAAACAUGCUAUAGAUACUGUGUGUUUGGUUAUAAAGAAAAGUCCUGGAAAUAAUAGAUUGUACAUAGCAUUUGUGUUAGUGAUAGUGUUUUUAUAUACUUCUGUUGUGGAUGGUGAGGGUGGAAUUUUUUACUACUAUGCCCAAAAUGUAUUUGGCUGGGAUAUAGUAGAGUAUAACUACUUUAUGUUAAUCAACGUUUUGGUACAUUUAGCAGGAAUUGCGAUAGGAGUACCUUUUUUCACCAAAGUAAUGCAUCUAACUGAUACAAUGAUUCUACUUAUUACGUUUUUGGAUAAAAUUUCUAGUAAUUUCAUAUUCGGAUUUGCUAAUACCAUCGCUUUAUUAUAUGCAGCUGCAAUCGUAUCGUUAUUGACAGGAAUAACUCCAAUUGGAAUUAGGUCAUUGGAAACUAAAAUUGUAUCUGAAAACGAUUUAGGAAAAGCUCAAUCACUGUUUGGAUUGUGUGAAGCGUUAGCUCCUGCGAUUUCAAUACCGAUUUAUAAAAAAGGAAUUUAUAACAAUACUUUGAAGACAUUUCCUUCGCUUUAUUUCUUUUUUGGUAUCAUCUUAUACGCUAUUUGUAGUGUAAUUGUAACAUGGAUAUUUUGGAAAGAAAAAAUGAAGAAUAAGCUUAAAUAUGAGCCAGAUAUAGUAUCGGAAAUGAGUAAAACACAUAAUAUUCCAAUGGAUAGUUACAAAAAAUCAGCAAACAUUUAAAUACAGUCGGAAUGAAACUAAUUUAACUGUGCAACAACAAAGUUACAUUUAAAAUCAAAUCCUAAUGUAGUCUUCAAAAGUAAACUGAAAUGAGGUGAUUGAAGAAUGCGGAAUUGUAGAUUAUAUUUUAGAAGCUCAAUAACUAUUUGUUUAUCUAAUUUCACUAUCAAAUGUGACACUUUAAUUCAUUCCAUUAGAAAGCAUCACAUUUUUCAUAAACUUGAUAUAUCAGUUAUGAAAAGUAGUUUCAGAUUCAAAGAAUAAGUGAAAACUGAAAAUAAUUUUAUUACUUAAACAGACAAUUGGCUCAUCAUUUUAAUUCAGUAGUAUUUCAUGGCUUAGAAAUAUCGAAAACAACAUUAUCAAAGACACAGUUAUUUAAAGUAAGUUCAUUUUCUGGGUGAAUAUUCUCUUGAGCGUUUUGUCUAAUGUUAAUUUGAAGCUGUAAUAUCUAUAUGUGUGCCAGGGGCUUGGCCCAAAAUAUUUUCUGAAAUUCUUCUUUUAUUUUCUGAUGAACUCUCAACAUGGCUUUCGGCUUCACCGUUGGAUUUCCACCGUCCGUGUUGCUUUAUUUUCAGAAUGUCCGCUUCUAAGUCUACCAGGAGAGAUGCUGACAAGCGUCUGAAACCAUAUCCUAUGGACUUUUCAGCAAUAGGUAUACCCAGGUACUGAGCAAUCUUUGCUUGUAAUUUCCCAAUGUUAUUUAUGCCUACGGGUUUUAUGCCACAUUUUCCAUUAUAAUAUCGAAGCGAAGAUAUUGUUGGCCAAAUUGCUGUGAAUAGUCACACGAUAACAAAAUAAUAAUUGAAAGUAUUGAAAAUAUUGUGUGGCGCUGUUAGGAGAAAGCGGUCGCAGCUUUGGACAGGCGGAGGCUGGUUGCUGCAUUACGACAAACUAUCAACGCACUAAUAGAAUCUUGUGAAGCAAAAUUUAACAAAGCACCAAGCUGUACAGCUUCAUCUGCCUUUAUCUAGUAUUUUCAUGUGGCUAUUUUCCAAAUUAUAAACGCACUCAAAUGACAACGGGUCGACCACAAAUUAAUAGUUCAAACUAUUGUGAUGAAUGCAUGAGAGACAAUAAUCAAAAUUUACUUCAGAAAACCUUUGGUAAACAUGUCGAUGGAUCAUGAAGAAUAACAUUAUGCGAAAAUAUGAAAGUGGGCUCCAUACAUUCCUUUCUGUUAACAUUUAUAAAUCCUAGAACUAUAAACCGUCACUAAACUAAACUGCCGUGUGAUCAAACUAAUUAUCAACGCUUGACCCAAAUCGAUGAAAGUCAUUCUUGACGCUCUUGUUCAAAUCAAAACAAAUGUGAAAUUUUGGAAAGUUUUUGACACUUCAUUGCUUCGUGAUUGAAUCGCAAUUUUACAAAUGAAGUUUAAACCUCAAACGUCGGCUUAAACGACAGAUGCCCACUUCUUCAUGUUUUAUAGAUUGCGUUUACAGACAAACUUCGGUUUAACUAAUACCGGUGAUAGUUCCAAAUUUAGUUAAGCAUGAAACUGAGGAUUCCACCCUAGCUUUUUCAAAGCUUUAAUGAUUUAACGAUAUGGUCUUGAGUAAGGAGUUGUGGAUUUGAAAAAUGUCAAACCAAAUUAUAUUUGAUAAAGUCGAUGAAAUUAUCAACGUUAUUGACGCGCCGAGAAAACAAAAAGUUAUUCGUUCCAGAGCGAAUCUUUAAAUUGUUCCACAUUUUUUAAAUUUGUUGAUCUAUCAAAAAUAUGACCGUUCUUGUUAUUUUCAUCAUUAAAUUUCUUUGCUGACUCCUCCCAUUUUUUUUUUCGUUUCCUUCCAAGUUACCGUAUCACUUUUUUAUGGAUUCGACUGUUUCUUUAUAUUUCUUUACAAGGUUAACCAAAAACACUACUUUAUAAAUCUUUAUUACACGAUUUUUUUUUGUACAUACAUUUUUUUCUUUAUAAAACCUUAAACAAUUAAACUUUAAAACAAAUAUCGGAAAAAUUUGGGACAACUGGCAGAAAAAUGUCUGUGUAACAGCAAUCUUUUUCAUUCUUAGUUCAAAGUAGAGUAAAAACCAUAGUUUGAAGUUUAGGUUAAUUUCCAGUUUUACCCUAGGUUGUAAAAUUGGCGUGUAGCAGUUGCCUCAUUUCAGUCAAAAGCAUAAUGUUAUUAACAGAGAACUAGCAUGUUUUUUCAUUAAUUUUUGUUUAUCCACCUUUUUAAAACAACUUCAAAACCUGGUUAUAAACGAAUAGUUACUUCGUUUCCACAAUUUGUGCUCUAACUUAUGCCUCUACUAUUCUAUCAAUCAAUACAUUUUCUCCCUUCAAUUUCAGAGGGUAUCACUUCGUGAGGGCAUAAGUUGUAUAUUAUUUAACAUUUUUCGUGAUGAACUAAUAUUAAGUCAAUAUGGAAAACGUAUAGGAAGAAGAGAGUACUUAAUGGGUACGCUGUAUUAAUUUUUAUAAUGAAAUUGCACAAAAGUCUCCUCCCUCCAUAUCUUUGAAAAUAUUUGAAGGAUGAAUAGACAUAUUUGAAAUUUAACGUUAUCGAACUUUAUUAUUCGUGGUGACAACGACAUAAUCGUCAUAGACGACGUUACAGUCAUCGUUGCCAAUAGUUUUUAAUGGGAUGUUAUAGGAACUAGUUGGUUAUAGAUAUUAAUUAUAUCGUUCGCGUCUGGCUUUGUUUUUAAUUGAAUCAGAAUCAUAAUAAUUUUAAUGACACGUUUAUUGAUCUGAAUAUCUAAUUUGUUUCAAAUGGGCUCUAUAUUUUUCCGACCUUUUAAUGAAUUCGUCUGAUACCUUUUCGUCUUUACUUGAGAAAAUAUUUGCAAUGUAACAAUAUAUUUAUAUUGUCAUGCUCAGAAAUGUUAUCGUUCGAUAUAUAUCAUCACUAGAGAAAACAAACUUAUGAGGUAGGUGAAUGGGCUGAAAAUCCCAUUAUACCUUUUGGCUCAAUUUAUCUACCAUAUUUCCCAUUCCCUUGACAAUUUAGGGCUUUUUUACACUAUUAUACAGGGUUUUCUGGACUUGAUGCAAAAAAUUCGUGAAAAAAAUUGUGUGUGUGUGUGUGUCAGCUCCGACGCACGACUGGAGUUUACUCCGUAAGUUCGAUAGUCUAACCAGAUGCAAAAAGAGUUUAUUUAACUUAAAAAAGAUUGGUUGAUUGCCAGAAUAUUUUGGGCUUCCUUCAUUAAUUUUUUUUUUAAUCUGUAAGCUCGCUGUGUCUCGGCUGGAGUUUCUGGAGAUUUAGAUUUUUCCCUAGUCAAAAAAUAUAAAAAAAAUAGAAAAUUUAUAAAUGCAUAAUUAUAAAAAUUUUAACCGACUUUAAGAAAAUUGAUGAAAAAAGGUUUUUAUAAACAUUUUUUUUUAAAUUAUUAUAAUUAAUUUUUUAUUUAAAAUAUGAUAUUAUCUUAAUAAUUAACAAAAAUGGUUAUAAAAAGAUAAUUAUGUCACAAAAUCUUUCAUAUACAAUAAUAAAUAGUAUAUGAAAAUUAUUUAAAUAAGCUAAAAAAUAACUUUUCGAAAGAAAAUUAUAUAAAAACAUUAUUAUAAUAAAAAAAUAUUGUCGAUUUUUCUGAUAAUAUUAUCGAAUUAUUGACUACAGUUGUUAAUAUUUAAAAAUUAUUUAUGAAAUAAAUCAUAAUAACGUGGAAGAAUUUAUAGACAUCGACAAAAAAAUUAAUUUUUGGUUAGGUUAGAAAUUUUCUAUUUUAUAUGGAUGCGCUCGAUAAUUCAUAUUAGGUUGAUUAUCUAAUUUUAUGUGUUGUUUUCAAAUAUAUAUUUAUAUGAACUAAAUCGAUAAUUAUUAAAAUAUUUAAUAAAUACAAAUUGCACAUGCUCAUACAUAUAAUACAUGAAAUAUAACAUACCUUGCAACCACGUGUUUGUUAGAUGUUCCGGCAAUAUCAUCUACACCUCUUUCUGCCAUAGUUAUUUGAAAAUACUUUCAGUUCACUUUAACGGAACACAAUGAUAAUAAAACUUCACAAUGGCAGCAAUAUAAGUAUGUCGACACUGACAAAUUAGAAAGUUGCGCAUCAUGGGAUGCGCACCAAAAACGUAACGAGGUCAUUCAUCGAUAGAUUUUACUCCUCACAUUUUUCUCAUACCGGGCCCCUAAUAUAUGCAAAUCGAUUCUUAAGGAGUAAACUCCAAUAAUGCUUUGACAUAAACAAAUCUUAUCCGACCCCUCGUUUUUCUGUUAUAUGCCUUUAAAGUUGCGAAAUCAGAACUUAUUUUUUGACUGAAAAAAUAAUACUACACUACUAUCUGAACUACGAGCGGCUCUUGCUCAAUGGUUAACAAUCCGUAACUUUUACAGGGACCACCUGUACAAUCUAAAGAGAGCAAAAAAUGAAUGUUUUAAUCGAUAUUUUGGGUUUAUGUUUUAGGAGAUAUUUAGAUUUUUGGAUCGUUGUACAUGCGAAGGAAACUGUUCGCCAUAAAGAGAUAUUCUAGAGAAAAUUGUUAUUAUUUAUUCAUAAUAUUUACAGGAGGCAUUAAACUACAAUCGAAAAUUUCUAAUUGAACUUCAUAUUGUGGAACAUGUUACUUACACAAGGAAUAAAAUAAAAUGUACAAAAAUUUAAUUGUCUAGUCUAGAACGUAUUAAAUAAUAAAAAAAACUAUAAUAAAUGUUCGAAGUGGGCCCCUUGCACUUCUACACAGAGCAUUCCAAGACUCUGCCUUAUAGCGUCACAAUGCAAGCUUAUUUUAUCAAUCAUUUCGUUUCUUGUGUUUACUGGUAUUGCAUAAAACUAAAUUUUGCAGCAAUCAAUAAACGUUAUGUCAAAAAAUCGCUACAAAAUUAUGAUCAAUUUUAUUGCAUUACCAUUUCAAAGAUACCAGGAAGGAAGGGGAAUUUUGUGUAACACUAUAUGUCCAUUAACUUUAGUUUAAGUGUUUGAAAUUCACUUAAUACGACUAAAAAUAGUAUAAAAUAUAAAGUGCCCAUUUAAAAAAGAUCCUAGUUAGAAAAAUCAAGAUAUUAUUAAAUGUGAAAAGAAUGUGAAAGACUUUUUGAACGUUAUUAUGAAUACCGUCGUUGGAUAUUUAAAACAAUGUUCAAACUCUUUUGGAUAUCUAAUUUAAAGAUCAAUCGCAAGAUAAAACAGAACGAAUGAGGUAUUAAUAGCAAAUAAAAAGAUGGAAACAAUGUCAUAAAUAAUAAUGGAAUUAAGGAAAAAAUAAAUGGUUCAGGAUAUCUUACUGAACAUUCAUAAUAAUUUUUAAUAUUCAUUCAUUUUUAAUAUAUAAACACAUACAUAAGGCACAUCAGAGUAUUAAAAACAAAUAUUUGGUGCAUUUGAACAUUUUUACUUUAUGCGGAAAACUCUCAUUAGCAACUUUCAGUAAUACAUAGUAUUACAAAAUGAACAAAAAAAAUGCUAACAGAGUUGAAUAUACAAAAUUUAUAAUAAUAUUACAACCGCUCUAUUGAUAUAAAGUAAAUAUUAUUUCGUAAAUCCCUGUAACAAUCAAUAAUGUAAUAUCUAUGGAUCCGUCGAUCUUCCAUCUUCCAUCAAUAAAAUUUAAGAUUCAAAUAGCUGUUCAGAAAGAAAAAUUGAUGAAAUACAUAAUUAAUCUAUUUCCUUUUGAUAUCAUUCAGAUAUUGAUUUUUUUUCUAAAUGGGCACUAUGUAUUUCUUAAAAUAUCAUUGUUAUGACACUCACUCAAUAAGUAUUAUUUUAUCUAAUUUAUAAACUAUAAUAAAAUAUUAUUUUUGUUGUUAAUAAUUCUUAAUCUCAGAUUACUGCGAUUUUAUUGUCAUGUAACAUUUGAAAAAUAUGAAAUGAACUAGGUUUACAAUCAACGAAA